AUGGAAAAUAGAAAAAGAACAUUAAGUUUUAACAACACAGCUGAUAAUAAUAAUAAUAAUAGUAACUCCACAAAUCCUUCAUCACCAAAACCAACAAUUACUGAACCUGUCAUCACAGUUAACAAUACAUCUAAUAAUAGUAAUUUAAAUACCUCUAGUGAUCAAUCGAACAGUAAUAUUAAUUCAAAAGGUGUAAAUAAAAAUAAUAACAAUAAUAAAAAAUAUUUUUCAGUAGGUUCUUUAUUCGAGAAUAUGAUUGGUGAACAACAACAACAAGAAAGACAACAACAACAACAAAUGAACCAAGAUUAUUAUAACGAAUAUAACAACAAUACCAAUAAUAAUAAUAAUAAUUGUAAUAAUUAUAAUAAUGAGUGUAAUGAGGAUUCAAAUCAAGGAUAUUCAAAUAAAUUCUUUAAUUCAAUUUUAAGAUAUGUAGUUAGACCUUUUGUAAUGUGUGUUUCAGGUUCUUUUGGUCUUAGUGUUGGUUAUGUUCUUUUCGAUAUUUGCCGUAAUAAAUUAAAAUUAACAAUAGAUAAAACUAAUUAA